CACGAUAUUACUUCUGAUUGUGUAGUUUAGAUGCAUCAUCAUUUAUGGUGAGAAUUUACUAUAAAUAUCAGUUUGUCCAAUCCAUUAUCAUACAGAAAUAUUAUCCAAAUCACAUAUCCAACUUUUAAUUCAGCUCAAUUACUGCGCAAAUUUCAAAAUGGUUCUCGUACCUGUGAAGACCCUCGCCAUAGCCAGCCUGGCCGCUCUCGCUGUCGCCAACCCCUUCGAAUUCGUCGUCUAUAAAGAUGGUGCCUGCAAUGGCCCCGUCGCAGACCAGCGCAUAGACCGCCCUAUUGGGAGCUGUACGAACUUCAAAACCGGCGGAUUAUAUGGUGCCCUCAUUCUCGACGAAUACAACAACAAGCCCGGCUGCACCUUCAAGUUCUGGGAGCUCGCUGAUUGUCAUGGGAAGGCGACGGUGCAGCAUAGUGGGAUUACCUGCACUCCUAUUGCGAACAAGGAUGGGCAGUUUUAUUUGACCAAUGGGGCUAGGAGUGCUUCUAUCUCUUGCUAAGGCAAUUAUUACAUAUCAAUGACAACA